AUGAAUUCUGUGAUCAAUGAGACACUGGAACAGUAUGAAGACCUUGUUUGCUUUAGAGAUAUCAGACCCAGUGCCCCCCACCACUACCUGGUGGUGCCGGUGGAGCACAUGGGGAACUGCAAAACGCUGAAGAAGGAACACAUACCUAUAGUGCAGAGAAUGAUGGAAGUUGGAAAAGCUGUCCUCCAGAGAAAUAAUUUUAGCGACUUAAAUGAUGUAAGAAUGGGUUUUCACUGGCCUCCCUUCUGCUCAAUAUCCCACUUGCAUCUUCAUGUCCUAGCCCCAGAGAGUCAGCUAGGAUUCUUAUCCAGACUUGUGUACAGAAUCAAUUCCUACUGGUUUAUCACGGCUGAGCAACUGAUUGAGCGACUGCAAACUGAAAAUGCUGCCAGUUGA